AUGUCGUACGUUAGGGCCAAAAAGAUUGCUAAACGUUUCAAGCAGGACCGACGUGUCAGUGGGGCGGAUAUUCUUCGUCAAGAGCUUGAUUUGGAUGAAAAUAGCAUGGAUGUUAGUUUGCUCCAAGAAAACAGUGAGAUUGGCCGUCGAGGAGGCCAUGCUCCAACGCAUCAUUCGACAUUGAGCAAUAGUGUCCUCGCGGCGGAUGAUGGUGAUGCCUCAAGGGGAAACGCAGCCAAUAAUGGCCAACAGCAACAAGGAGAAAAUGAUAAUAAUGGCGAAGGAGGCCCAGGCACGGGGAAACCGGCAAAGAUUUCGAGAUUGCAAAUGUCGAGUGAGGAUUUUGAAGAAUGGAUCAAAUUAGCCACCGAUAAUAAAAUCAAUUCGACCAAUAGUUGGAACUUUGCGUUAAUUGAUUAUUUCCACGAAAUGAGUUUGUUGAAAGAAGGGGAUAAUAUCAAUUUCCAAAAAGCUUCGGCGACGCUUGAUGGGUGUGUGAAGAUUUAUUCAUCAAGAGUGGAUUCGAUUGCCACGGAAACUGGGAGAUUGUUAACGGGAUUGGCCACAAAGAAGAAUGGUGAACGAGACCAAGGAGAUAAUCAAGAUGGAGAUCAUGAUGAUGAUGGAGAAAAUUAUGGCGAUGAUACCAAUGGAGAUGUUAACGAAUCCCUGAGAAAGAAAAAAACCAACCGUGCCAGAGUAGUGGAUUCCACCCUUGUGCGGUUUGAUACAAUAAAAAUGAAGAAACUAGACCAAGAAUUGGAAAUCGACCCGUUGUUCAAACGUGCGUUAUCGGAGUUCGAUGAAGGUGGGGCUAAGAGUUUGUUAUUGAAUAUUUUGAACAUUAAUGCUGAUUCUAGAGUGGUGUUUGAUGCCGCUGGAAAGACAAAUACCGGUGAACAAGAAGAAGACGAGGUCCUGUUGGAGAGAAUCGAUGAAGAGGAAGAAGAAGAAGGAGAGGAAGAAGAGGAAAAGGACGAAGAAAUGGAAGAAGAUGAUAAGGUCGACGAUCCGGAAUUCCCAACUGAACAAAAUGAUGCUGAUGUGGAUGAUUUGAAGACUUUUGUGGUAGAACAGCCUGAAGAAUGGGAUUAUUUUGAAAUUUGUCCAUCAAUGAAGAGUUUAGAUAUUGUGCUCAAAGAUAUAGGCCAGGCAAAAACUAUUUUAAGUGAUGUUAAUAACAAUAAAAAUUACUAUCCAUUAGGUCAUACUAGUUUAGGAUCGCGGAUCAUGGAAGAUGGUGCCGCCGAAGAAGGGUACGAUACAGGGAUUGCCGACGAUAAUUUAGGAGUGGAUAUGGAUUUUGGAGAUGGUGAUUUCCAUGGAGCUGAUAAUAGCUUUGGGAGUGUAAAUAAUGAAAUUGCUGAUGUGUUUGCAAAUGACGAAGAAGGCAGAGAUGAUGAUGAUGAUGGUGAUGAUAAUGAGAAUAGGGACAAAGAAGGGUUCAUGGAUAAUGAUGAUAAUGAUAAUGACGACGAUGAAAAAGAAGAAAUUGGGUUCAUGGACCGAGUGAUUGAUAAAGAUCUUAUGGCAUACUUUGAUCAAAAUUUGAAAGCCAAUUGGGCAGGACCUGAUCACUGGAAAGUUUCUGCCCUCAAACGACGGGAACUUAAACCUAAUGAACAAGAAGUGAAAGAAAAAGAACUCCAAAAAGCAGCGGCAAAAAAGAAGAAACAAGAAUUCAGGAUUAAUUUCCUUGAUAUCGAAGAUGAUGAAGCCAAUGAUGAUCUUGAAGAAAUGAUUUUCAAAACCGCUCCGAAAAAAAUCGAUUUACCAAAGAACCAGCACAGUUCAGAAACCCAUAAUUUGUUACCAAAAGAUAUUUUCUUCAGUUCCAAAAGACUUUUAAAAUUGUUUUGCAAACCAGAUAAUGUUCGAUUACUUCGAAGAACACGGGAUGAUAACCUCACCAGUUCAGAAGAUAAAACCAACAACAACAACAACGUUCCAGCUCUUGAUGAUCAACCGCAAGAUUUGGCGGUCAAUGAAGCGGCUGAUGAGAACUAUUGGGCGAAAAAAUAUGAGCAAGAACAAACAGAUAUGGCAAAUGAUGAAGGGAUUGCCGAUCCAGACGGAGGAAAUGAUCUUGGGUUUGACGGUUACGAUAAUUUCGAUCACAUUGACGACGAUAAUGAUGAUGGUGCUAAUGGUGGGACCACUGGUCUAAGUGCGACCCAACAGCUAAAUAUUGGAGCGAAUUUGAUUGCUGGGGGUAGAAGAAUACGGCCAGAAUACGUUAAUUUCUCAAGGACCGCCAAAAGGGUCGACGUGAGAUUCUUGAAAGAUAAUCUUUGGAAAUCGCUUUCUGCUGAAGAAAAAAAGCAGAAAGCAGAGCAAGGGUCUGCGGAGACCUCUGAUUCUACAACCAAGGUGGGUGAUAAUGAUGAUGAGGCUAAAAAAGCACAUCGGUUCACCAAGGUGGUUAGUAAUAUUGGUAAAAUGUACCCUCAAGAAGAGCGAAGGGAUUUGAGUACCAGUUUUUGUUUCAUUUGUAUGCUACACUUAGCCAAUGAGCACGGAUUAACCAUUAAGAAUGGGGAUGGUGAUAAGUACGAAGAUUUGAAAAUUUUGUAUAAUAAUGAAGACCAGGAGUUGGCAGCAUAA